GAUGAGCUGCAGAAGCAGAAAUCUGGGAAAAUCUGCUCUCAUCCACGGAUCCACAGUCACCACAACACCAACCACAGCGCCAUGGCCGCGGCAGGGGAUGCGAACUGUUAAAUAAAUACUGUUCAAUCUAUUGAACUACCUCAACAGAGCUUACGUCUCUCGCAGCAGCCGGGAAUCAAACACUGGACGAGCUCUCCGCUGAGCUGAGCUGAGCUAAGAGGACUCUCCAGCUCCUACAGCACCAAGCAGUUAAGCUACCACCAGGCUGGAUGGCUGAGCCGGAGCUACUGCUGGACUCCAAUAUCCGACUCUGGGUGGUGUUACCCAUUGUCUUCAUCACCUUUCUGGUCGGGGUGAUUCGCCAUUAUGUAUCCAUUCUUCUUCAAAGUGACAAGAAGUUGACAUUAGAACAGGUUUCUGACAGCCAGGUUCUUAUUCGGAGCAGAAUCCUCAGAGAAAAUGGAAAAUACAUUCCCAAACAGUCUUUUCUGAUGAGGAAGUUCUACUUCAAUAAUCAAGAAGAUGGAUUUUUCAAGAAGACCAAAAGAAAGGUUGUUCCACCCUCUCCAAUGACAGAUCCCAGCAUGCUGACAGACAUGAUGAAAGGAAAUGUCACCAAUGUGCUUCCUAUGAUCCUCAUCGGAGGCUGGAUCAACUGGACCUUUUCAGGAUUUGUAACAACUAAGGUUCCCUUCCCUCUCACUCUGCGCUUCAAGCCCAUGCUGCAGCAAGGAAUAGAGCUGCUGUCACUGGAUGCCUCCUGGGUGAGCUCGGCGUCAUGGUAUUUCCUGAACGUGUUUGGACUACGAAGCAUGUACUCUUUAAUUCUAGGCCAAGAUAAUGGUGCAGAUCAGUCGAGGAUCAUGCAGGAGCAGAUGAGUGGUGCUGCCAUGGCCAUGCCUGCAGAUACAAACAAAGCUUUCAAGGCUGAGUGGGAGGCACUGGAACUGACGGACCAUACGUGGGCGCUGGAGUGCGUAGAGGAGGAUCUGAUGAGCAGAGAGCUGGACUUUGACGGCCUGUUUAGCAAGGAGCUGCCGAGCGGUAUCUUCUGAUGGUCCUGGUCACUUCUACUUGGAGCCUUCAAGUUGAAUUUUGAUCAUUGCAGGGAUUUGUUUUUUGGUGAAAGCCACAGAGAUGGGACAAAUCCCUUCAUGUUAUGCAAAGUUUACAUUCACUUAUUUGCGGUCCUCGUCUUUUCACAUGUAUUAUUACCUUUCCAUUCCCGUCUAUAGAAUAUCUGAAAUGACUUAACAAUACACUGGUUCUGCUGCUGUCUCAUCUCUUUCGAGAUGUUUGGGAGAAAUUAAGUGGCUUCUUGCUUAUCGGAAUGCAUUAUUAUUAUUAUUAUUAUUAUUAGCUUGUAAAUUGUAUGCCAUCAUGCCAUUAGGUAAUAGAAUGUGAACUACCUAGUGCUUAUUUUUUUCUUAUGUCAUGCACAGCUAGACUAUAGCUGUCUCAGUUUUCAUAUGUAUCAUCAUGUUUAAACAAUAGGACACAAUACCAUUUUACAGGUGUGAAUGAUGUUUAUUUAAUUAUACUUAUAACACGACUCCUUUGUUAGAUCAUAGAUAGAUCAGCUGUUCUGUGUCAGCUGCCUAAAGUUAGACUCAGAACUGAUGAUCUGUUGGCAGAGAAUGUUUGUGUGACUGAAAUGUUGUGUUUUUGUAGAUGGUUUAUUUUGUAAUGUAACUCCUCUGUGUUUUGUACAGCAUAAAGCCUGUUUUGACAAAAUA